AUGGAGGGGCCUAAUACAACAACAGAGGAAGGGGGUGCUGCUGUUGCUCCUCCUCCACAAGAAGAAAAUAAUACAGCAGCAGCAGCAGCAGCAGCAGCAGCAGCAGCAGACACGAAAACCCCUAUCCUCUCAUGCCUUUCGCCAGAGCAACAAGAAAAAUUGAAUAUUUUCUUAGAAAAAGAAAAAGGAGAAGAAUAUGAUGUAGAUGAUGUUACUAAAUUAUUAGUAGAUCUUAGGUAA